UUGAAUCACACGUUUUGAAUGAUAGAAAAAUAACCUUGAUAGGAAAAAGAUAACAGAUUAUAUGUAAACAAUUAAAAGAUCGACCAGCAUCUGCUUGGGUAGAUUAGCAUCAUCACAACGAGACUUGAUGGCUUGACAGUCGGUAAGAUCAGACUGCAAAUCAUCCUUUGAAUUUGAUCAAGUGCAGCUUGUUCCACACAGAAGUAAGAUUUGCCAUUUGCCAAUGUCGAAAACUUUACAUUUGCAGAGAUUUGGUAUCAACACGACUGGGUCGUCCAAAUUAACGAAGAGACUUGAUCCACCAGAAAAACGAAUUGUUCUUUUGGAGACCCAAUCUCAGUCUGUCAAUCACAUAAUCCUCUUAAUUAAAUGAUCAUAACUGUGUAUAAAUAACAUAGAACGAAUUAUAUAGGUGUCUUACAUCUAGAACCUCCUCUGAACAAAUUCAAAGAUCUCUCUCAUUUUGUUUCAAGAAAAGACUAUCUCAUCCUCAACAUUAGUCAUGCUUGUGCAUCUAAUUAAACCUUACAAAGUCAAACAUCACUCUGUCUGGAUCAGAAAUUUUGCUUUAAAGAAGAGGUCUUUAAAACUGGUCUGGACUCUGGAGGAGAAGAACCUUCCUUUCUGAGCUUAAGCUAGCUACGACCAUUUCAACUCGAGACUUGAGAGGAUUACCUAAUCUGGCUUAAUUUCUUUGUGCAUCCACUUUUCCUGUGUUUUUUCUGCUAUUAUAUAAGGAAAGCAAUCCUCCAUCGCUGAACACACCUUGAAAGAUCAAAGAUCAGGAGGUUCAGGAAACAACCACCACCCCAUUAGUCUUUAGUCUUGACAAAUUAAUUAAGGACACAAACGCCAUGGCCAGCAAGCUUGCUGUUUCAAGAACAGUAGGUCCCGUCUACCUGUUUCUCCUCCUGAUAGUAGCAGCGUUCCUGCCUUCACCUACCCUUUCUUCCGACUCCGAUCCUCUCCAAGAUUUCUGCGUUGCGGACAUGAAAGGAAAGCCAUCUGUGAAUGGGUUCCCCUGCAAGCCUGCAACUCAGGUCACUUCCGACGACUUCUUCUUCAGUGGGUUCACCAAGGAAGGGAACACAAACAACCGCUUUGGAUCGAACGUGACUGCAGGCAACGUGCUUGCCUUCCCGGCGCUCAACACCCUGGGGCUAUCCAUGAACCGCGUCGACUUUGCGCCCGGUGGAAUCAACCCUCCUCACUCUCAUCCGCGCGCGACUGAGGCGGGGGUGGUCGUUAAGGGGAAGCUGCUUGUUGGGUUUGUCACCACUGAAAAUGUUUUCCACUCCAAGGUCUUGACAGUGGGAGAGAUGUUUGUGAUACCCAGGGGGCUCGUGCACUUUCAGCGCAACGUCGGUAAGGGAAAGGCUUUGGCACUCACCACCUUCAACAGCCAGCUGCCCGGGGCUGUCCUCUUACCUAACACUCUCUUUGCUUCAACCCCCACCAUCCCCAAUCAAGUGUUGACCAAGGCUUUCCAAGUAGAGGAGGACAUCAUCAAUAAACUCAAAAUCAAGCUUAGUUGAUCUAAUUAAGCUUGGCUAGCUUGGAUAUAUACAUCCCUCCCUAGCUACCAUCUCAAUUAAUAUAUAUUAAUGCCUUUGAAUAAGAAUUACCCAGUAACAAUUGUUUCCUGCAGUAUGCCCAUAAAUCAACCGGGUAAUGAUCGUUGGCUCUGUCUUAUUUUCUUGAUCCCUCCUUAUUUGAGGGGUAAUCUUAUAAUUCAACCCAUUGUUCCUGUUUGUGUGAUAUGGUCAUUAUCAUAUAUAUACAUUUGUUGUUUAAUUCUUCUGUAUGUA